AUGAUCGCUAAUAAUUCCUUCGAUUUUCGUUUUGUUUCAUAUAAUGAAUUAUUACAAAAUGGAAAAAUCUAUCAAAAUGAUGAUCAUGCGUUCGAUGCAAUAACAAUCGAUCAACAAAGAGAUCAGAUUAUUAUUGGAGCAAAAAAUACAAUAAUUCGUUUAUCAUUGGGUGACUUUCAUUUAUUAGAAAGAUAUAAAUGGGAAUCAUCAACAAAUGAAAAAACUAUAUGUCAUCAUCAAACUCAGUCAUUUAAUGAAUGUGAAAAUUAUAUUCGUGUAUUAGCUCUUCGAUCUCAUGAUCAAUCAUUACUUACUUGUGGAACGAAUGCAUAUCAUCCAACUUGUAUUUGGCGUCGUUUAGAUUCACUUUCAACAAUUAUUUCAAAUAAUGAAAAGUUUAUUUCUGGAAAUGGAAAAUCUCCAUAUAAUAGUCAACAUUCAUCUGUAUAUGAUCUUAUUGAUACUGGAGAAUUGUAUUCGGCAACAAUAAGUGAACCAGUAUUUGGUAUUAAUGAUCCUUUAAUACAAAGAAGUUUUAGUCAAACAAAACAAUUACGAACACAACAACAUGAUUCAAAUUGGUUAAAAAAUCCAUAUUUUGUUCGAAUAUUAAAUAUUGGUCAAUAUGUGUAUAUAUUUUUUCGUGAAAUAUCUCUUGAACAUCUAUCAUGUGGAAUGAAUGUUUAUUCUCGUGUUGCACGUAUAUGUAAAUAUGAUGAUGGUACAAUGAAAUUUAGUGAUACAUUUCGUUCAUAUUCAAAAUUACGUUUAUCAUGUUCAAAAAAAUUAAUAAAUGAAAUAACUUCAUUUGAUUUUAAUGAAUUACAAUCAAUUUAUUUUUAUUCUUCAUUAAAUUUAAUUUAUGGAGCAUUUAAUUUACCUAAAAGUGGUUUAACUGGAUCAGCUAUCUGUAUUUAUACAGUUGAUCAACUUGAAAGUAUUUUUAAAUCUUCAUUUCUUACACAAAAGUCAAAUGAAUCAUAUUGGACAUCAUCUCCAAUAGAACAAGAUAUGGAAAAAUGUGAAUCAAAUUCAUCAUAUGAAAUACCAUCGACUCCAUCAGGACGUGUACUUCGAUCAGGUGUUCUAAAAUCAUCAUUUGAUGCUCUUAUAUUGGAUGAUAUUCGUAUUGGUCAUUUAUUAGUUGAUCAUUUUUAUGAUGUAACUGUUGUCUUUGUUAUUACUUUGGAUGGUUUAUGGUUAAGAAAAUAUUCCUUAAUAACUAAUGAAAAUGAUAAAAAAUUAUGUUUAAUUGAACAAAUUGAAUUAAAACCAUCAAUGAUCUCAUCAAAUGAUUGGAAAGUGAAUAAAGCAGAAUUUAUUUCAAAAACAAAAGAAAUAAUAAUAACAACAUCUAUAUCCGUAUUAAAAAUAUCAGUUGCACGUUGUAGUCGAUUUAAUACAAGUCAUCUAUGUACUGCUUCUAUGGAUCCAUAUUGUACAUGGGAUAAUUAUUAUCAACGAUGUACUUUUUCUAGAAUUUCAUCAUGGAAAAUUUCUCGUCAAUUAUUAAUAUGUCCAAUUCUUAAUAUAACAAUUGACGGCGGUUGGACACCUUGGUCAUCAUGGUUUAUGUGUCAACAAGAAACAGGCGAAAAAUGUCAAUGUCGUACAAGAUCAUGUACACAACCAAAACCUCAAUUUGAUGGAAAAUCUUGUCAAGGAAAUCAUAUUGAAAUAAGUCAAUGUGAAGUUCAUGGUGAUUGGUCUCCAUGGAGUACUUGGAGUACAUGUCCAGAAACAUGUGGUAAAACAUUUCGAUCAAGAACACGAACUUGUACAAAUCCUACGCCAAAAAAUAAUGGUAGACUAUGUAUUGGAUUAGAACGUGAAGAAGAACCAUGUCCGGAAAUAAUUUGUUCAAGUGAAACUUCAAGAUUAAGUGAUUGGAGCGAAUGGGAUGUCUGUUCAAAAUCAUGUGGUGGUGGAAUACAAAAGCGAAGACGAACGUGUUUAAGUAAUGGUGAAAAAUGUAAUGAAUGUUUAGAUGAAAUACGUUUAUGUAAUGAAUUACCUUGUCUACUUCACCCAGUGACAAUAUGGAGUAAUUGGACACGUAUUACACCAAAAGAUCGAUCGAAUAGUGAUGAUAUGAUAACAGAAAUACGUACUCGUUUUGUUUGUACACUAUCUUCGUCAUCUGAUCAACAACAAUUAGAAAUAAACUCAGAUAAAGUGAUUUAUAGAAUAUGUAACAAUAAAGGACAUGAUUGUCAACAAAUAGAUUCAUUUGAUAAUUGGUCAUCAUGGUCUAAUUGGAGUGAAUGUUCUCCAUCUUGCGAUACUACUGGUUCGACACAAACUCGUCGUCGUACUUGUUUAGGCAGUCAAUGUUUUGGUAAAGAUAUUGAAGAACGCGAAUGUUUCUCUUGUUUUACACAAUUAAAAAGCAAUUGGUCUUGUUGGACAGAUUGGUCUGAAUGUUCAUCAUGCACAUCACCUCAAUCCCAUUCAAUUAAAUUUCGUACUCGUAUAUGUCUUACAAAUUCAUGUGAAGGUUUAACCUAUGAAGAAAGUUCAUGUUUAUGUCCAUCAUUAUUACAAUUCUUAAAUGAAUAUCGUUUUACUUUUCUUCAUAUGAUUCUAAUUAGUUUAAUGUCAUUUUUAUUUGGUUGUUUAUUAAUACUUUGUAUAUAUGCAUCAUGUUGUCAUAGUCAUCGACAUAAAGAAAAAUUUCAUUCAAGAGAUGAUCAAGAUUAUUUUCAAGGAUCAACAUCAAAUUCUUCAUCAAGCCCACAUACAGCUAUUGAGUCUGAUACAUUUGCAACAUUAUUAAAUACAAAUAAUAAUCAAAAUAAAUUUCGAAGUUUUGAGUCAACAUCAUUAUCAAAAACAACUGCUAACAAUUAUCUUAAAGAUGUUCCAUCAAAAAAAUUUAAUAUGUAUAUUAAUCCAAGAGAUAUGCCUCCAUUACCACCAUUAGCAACAUUAAAAAGAACAUCAUUAAUGUCAUCGUUGAAAACAAAUCUUGAUGCUGAUGAUAUUUAG